GCUGCGGUCUCCAUAGCGCCGAGGCUAGGUAGGUCAUUACGUGAUUUACCGAUGUCUGAUGCUGAAAAAUAAGGCUUAACAAUAACAAUUUUGUCAUAAAAAGGAUGGCAUGUCUCUGAAGAAUUAUUAAAGAAGUUUAUAUUUUAGAAUUCUAGAAGAGGAUCGAAGUAAAAGACAAAAUGUCAAAGGGAACAACAAUAAAGGAUGCUCUUGCAAGAUGGGCAGAGAAGGAGAAGCAAGAGCAGGGAUGUGAGGUCAAAGUCAGCGAGGCCAAAGUGGUCAAGUUGUACUUCCAAAUCCCUCCCAUUGAGAAGAUGGAUGCCUCACUCUCAACGCUCACCAGUUGCGAGAAGUUGUCCUUGUCAACCAACUGCAUAGAAAAGAUAGCCAACCUGAAUGGUUUGAAACACUUGAAGAUUUUGUCUUUGGGGAGAAAUUAUAUCAAGAAUCUGAACGGACUGGAAGCAGUGGCUGAGACACUUGAGGAGCUCUGGAUCUCCUACAACCAAAUCGAGAAGCUCAAAGCGCUACAAGCACUCAAGAAACUAAAGGUCCUGUACAUGUCCAACAACAGUGUGAAGGACUGGGGCGAGUUUGACAAACUGCAAAGCCUGGGCAAUCUGGUGGAGUUACUGAUGGUGAACAACCCUCUAGAGGAGAAACACUCAGCGGAAGGGGACUGGAGAGACCGAGCCACCAAGAUACUGCCCAACCUGAAAAAGCUUGACGGUGAACCAGUGAUCAAACCGGAUGAUGAGGAGGAACAGGAAGACUAGUCAGCCACCUGGCGACUCUGGAUAUAUCCCAUCUGUCUUAUCACAUGUCCCAGCUGUCUCUAGCUGAGCCAGCAAUCUCUCGUCUGUCUUCAUUCAUCAUGUGAUCACCACUCGCACUCACAAGGACGUCGGUGUCUGUCAUGUGUAGGUGCUGGCCUUUAUGUUGCAGGUGAAGCAGUGCACGUGUGCUAUCAAACUCCCCUCUGCUUGUGUUGUGAUAUCUUUGCCAAUUUUGGUACUUUCACUCAGCAUUCACUGGCAACAUCGAUAUGGAUUGUUUCUUCACACUCAUUGUGGUUUGGUUCACACAUUUAUGGAAAAGGUCAGGCAGGAUAUUUUGUCAUAGGAACUGAAACAGUCUGUUUAAUCAUUUUUAAUAAAGCCUGUUGAUAAUUUAUUUCUCUGUUUAGUUCCUCCAGUUUCUCUGUCCUGAAACUUUUUGACCUCAAGACUUGUUGCAUGUAAGUGUAUAUAUGUACUGACAUCAAGUAGGGUGCAGAAAUCCCUUGGAACUGUCAAAAUGUAAGCCUUUGUACAUAUCAGUACGUAGCACAGUCAGUAAAUUUGUGUACAGCAGAGGUAUUUUAAUUGUUCUUUCUACUUGUUUAUAAAAAAAAUAAAGCCGGCUUUUCUAUCACACUUAGCCAUUGCAAUAUUGGAAGAGAUUUGGAGUUUCGUACUACUCAAGAAGCUCAUCAGUUAAAAUGUCCACAAAUUGUUGUCAGUGUAUAUUAUUGAAGAAAUACUGUGUGACCGAGUUACUUUCUUAGUUUCUCCAAAUUACCACAAACGAUUAUGUGUUGCUAAAUGCAUUCCUUGGUUUGAAAAGACAUUUUACUCUAGAUAAUUUGUUGGGGGGGGGGGGUUGCCACCCAACAGAAUCCAACUCUAGUUACUGCUACUAAUAUGCAUUGUUACAGCAGUUUGUUACAUCAUGACUGUAAAUCAGUACUUACAUACAAGAGCUCAGACGACUCUACUUGUCACUUCUUUUAAUUUUGUUUAAACUGUAUGUAAGCUUGGCAGUUCUUUACUGUAUGUCGUUUCACAUGUCUGUGGCAUAGUUUGGAUGCUAUACAGGGUGGAUAAAAAAAAAACCAAAACCGAGAUAU